AUGAUCAACCAGGUGGAACCACAGCACCCAGGGCUCGGAAUCAGGGUCAGGCCCAUUUCUCAACACGACCACGAGCACCACCAUCACGAUGAUAACAACGGCACAGAGGCGCUGCACGGCAAUGUGCACGACCACCACGACCACGACCAUGACCACGACCAUGAGCACCACCACCACCAUUCCGGCGACCACGACCAGCACCAGAACCCCGAUCACUCCCACGACCAUCACGAUCAUCAGGACCAUGCUCAUUCGCAGACGCAAGAACUCAUUGACGCGGUGCCCAAGGGCCACUUGGGCCUGGAGAAGCAGUUCAACACUUUGCUGGACGACGUCAAAGAGUUUGUGCACAACUACAACGAGCUCGGGUUCAAGGCUUACCGAGAACUCGUUAAGGAGUUUUCCGAGGAAAACUUGGUCACGUCUCCCUUCGGACUCUCCUCUAUUUUAUCUGCACUCUUUCUGGGCACGAGAGGACAGACUGCAGAAGAGCUUGACAGGCUGCUGAAAUUGGACCAGCCGCGGUCCUUCAAUGCGCAUUUGUUCAACCGGAAUUUGACUGCAGAUUUGGUGAAUGAUCCUCAUUUGAACGCAGCUGUGAUCCACGAACUUUUUGUUCAGCUGAGCAAAGGUCCUCCGCUGGGCUUUUACAAGAGCAUGCUGAACCAUUUCUAUGGGGCCCACGUGGACAGGAUCCCUUUCCGCUCAGCCACGGCAGCAGUGAAGAGCUUCACGGAACAAAGGAUCCGGAUGCAAAAGGAGCAAUCCCGACUCAGACUCGUGUCCAUGUCCUCGUCACCGGAUCACGACGAGGUGGAUCUCAACAGGUACCGAUUCCAUGCUGCGGGAUCCCCUCAUGGAUCCUCGUCGCAGCAGACGACGCACAUGCUGGCGGACGGUGAAGAGGACUUCAAGUACCGCGAGAUGUACGAGGCGAGGAUCCUCAGUCCGCUCAUUCUGGCGGAUCUGCGCGUGCGGCCCCCUUUGUCCGUCGUCAAUGUCAAUUCCUUUCAUGGAAAAUGGAAGUGGGAGAAUUCCACGACACUGCUGGAUGCGUACGACUUCAUCAAAUUGCCAACGACUCACAGAAGACUGGUCAAAGUGAUUGGCAUAGAGCAAGUUGCAGAUCUGUACAUAGGAUACGACCAGGAGUCUGAUGUCACUUUGGUUGAAAUGCCGUAUUCGACUGGUGAUUUCGGCCUUGUCCUCAUGCUUCCGGGAGAACCAUCAUCAUUUUCUAGAUCCGGGAUUCGCCAAUUAGAAGAGCAAUUGACUGCUGACAAACUUGGCAGAAUGUUGAGGAAAAUGGUCAUCAGAAGAACUAGAGUGAGACUGCCAGUCAUGUCCAACAAGUUUGUGCUACACUUGGAAGACGUUUUGGGAAUCCUGGGAGCAAACACCAUGUUUGACUCCAAUUUGGCAGACUUCUCUGGUGUCAAUGGUCUAACAGAUCUCCAUCUCAAAGAUAUCGUUCAGGUGAAUGAAUUCACCAUCACCCAGACAGUCACUGAGAAAGUGCACCCAUCCACCAACUACUCCCAACAAGUACAACAUGAACCAGUGGCGACUGCGAGGGAACCCAAGCAGGACCCAAGCUACUCAGUGAACAAGGAAGAGCCCAAGUUCACUGUGAAUUUCAACAGAGACUUCCUUUAUGCAGUCAGACAUCACCCAACAGGCAUUUUGAUACAUUUGGGCCGCUAUGUGAACCCAUUCACGUGAUCCCCUUUUUUUCUCCAUUCCGAGUCAAGCAUUCUCAUUGGUUCUCUUUAACGGAUUAGGUCAAUCAAUCACCCGCAGAUAUUCGGGAGAAACAUUUGUGUACAAUUUCUCAGAGCCAAAAAAUUGAUCGGUUGUAAUUUUUUGUGGAGUGUGCGGA